AUGUUCAAGCCUAAGAAUGGGUACUUUUCGAAGAUAGAGUGCCCUUCAUUGAAGCAAAACAUUGUCUGUGAUGUAGUCAAUUGCAUAUUCAAACACCCGGAGAGCAAAAAAAGGUCAUUGGGGCAGGAAGAGGAGCUUCAAAAUGCAACCAAGAGAGCUAAAGUAGAAAACGAGAGUUCACUACUUUUACCUAAAUCUGUAGCUAUUCUGAAAAUAUCGAGGCAGCUGAGAACAGUAGCUGCAAGAAAGUUGGCCAAGUUCUUCAAAGAUGUGAAGCACUUGGCAAAUUCGAACAAGGUAGCCAUUGAUGCAGAGUACAGCAUCUGCAUAGAAAGUAAAUCCGAAGAAGAAUAUCAAGAUCGAUUAAAUAAGAUAAUUAAUGGAUUGAAUGCAAAAAAUAGCGAUGUUAAGGGAGAUCCUAGAUUUAUAUUACCGAGAGACAUUGUGAAUGGAAACCCAGCUCCAAUACAAGAACGUAAAAAGUACAUUCAGCUGAUUGUGGACGUAUACAGAGAAGUUACGCCUGGACUUAAAACCCCAAUUCUUCAAGCAACUGAAGAUGAGUUCAAAAUUGCUUCCGACAGCACCAAAAACACGUACGCACAGACAGUAAAGCGGUUUGUUUAUGACUUAAAGCGUAAUCCUGAGAAGAAUAAGAAAAGUACUCAAAUUGAUGAGAAAGAACUUCUUUCCAGAUUAAGAGAAUUAAUAAUAUCGAAGGAGAAAUUGGCCAGAUUUGGGUAUAUUGUUGAUGUACCUUCAUUUCCUACAGCAAUAUCAGACUUGGAUGACACGCGGCCUUGUAAGAGGUGCGGGAAAGAGUUUAAACUUGCUGAUCAGUUGAAACCAACUCGUUGUCUUUACCACUCUGGGAGGAAUAGGAAAAAGGAUAACUUCGUUCGAGCAUGGACUUGUUGUGGUGGAAUAGUUGGAGAUUGUGAUGAAUGCAGUGUUAGUGAACAUCACGUGUAUCAAUGGUCUACACCCGAGGAAUUGCAUGAUGCAAUUCCGUUUACUCAUACUAAUGAUUUGCCUACAAAUAAACGAAGCUUUGCAGCUUUGGGCCUAGAUUGUGAGAUGGGAUAUACAACUCUUGGAUUCGAGCUUUUGCGGACCACCGCUGUUGAUUUUGUGACUGGCGAAGAAGUUAUCGAUAUUCUCGUUAAGCCAAAAGGUGAAGUUAUAGACUUGAAUACGAAAUGGUCAGGAGUUGCUGAGAUUAAAGAUGAGGCAGUUUCUUUUGAAGAUCAUCUUGUAAUGCUCAAUGAAGUGAUGGACAGGAAUACCAUACUUGUCGGGCACGGACUUGAAAACGAUUUAAAUGCAAUGAGAAUAAUUCACAAUAAUAUCGUUGAUACGGCUAUACUAUAUCCAAAGUACAAGACAUCCCCUCUGAUGCGCUUUUCGUUACAAUAUUUAUGUUUUACAUUCCUUGGAAGAACUAUCCAAACUGGGGAGCAUGAUAGUGGUGAGGAUUCAUUAGGAGCUAUAGAUGUUGUGAAAUAUUUCUUGAAUAAAGAAGUAAGGUAA